UUUAAAAAUUUCUACCUUGUUCCCAGUGAGGGGAAGCUAUGAUACUAAACUCCAUAAGCCUUCCCAAACUGUUUUCUUUUUUUGUCUUGGUAGGGAGUUCUUAAGGUUAACUGUUACAUUUCUUUGUAUCCACCCUUUAAUUUGUUCUUUACAUAGGUUCCAAUAAAACAAGCUCCUUCUAAUGACAGCUCUCUAAAAUAUUUUAUCAGUUUAGAAGUUUCUGCCAACUUAAAGGAAUCCAUUAUCCAGCCAUUGACAAGUAGGAUUUUAAUAGUGACUCACGCAAAUAAGAUGCAAGAGGCGUCCCCACAAGAGAGUGCAAAGGAUUCAGCCCUUUCAGAUCCAGAAAGUUUACUCUCAAAAAUAGUCUCAGAAAGUAAAGACCUUUGUUGCAUCACUAAUAAAGCAAUGAGGGUUGAGAUGACAAUGGCCCCCUCUGAACUUGGACUCCUUAAGACAAACUCCCGAGAGCUGGCAUGGCUGGACAAGAAACUAUUUGGAAUCCCAGUCAAUUCAACUAGCUGCCAAAUGCACACUGGUAUGUGUAUCUUCCAGAUGGCAGAGACUGGACAGAAUAUUCUCACCGGUUUACAAGCCAAACUCUCAAACAGAACAAAAUUAAAGGAAAACCUGAUCAGAUGAAUGGUUUCCUCCUUAUGACAAAGGACACAAAAAAGAGAGAGAAAGAAAAAGAGUGACCAUCCUUGGGAGGAAAAGGAUCAACAAACCAAGGGUACUUUGCCAUGUUUCAACCAAGAGUCACCAAGUUCAAGGAGCUAGCCCUACAAAUAUGUUCUCUAGCUAAUCUAAUUUUAGGAAAGAGAAAUUUGCUGUUCUUGUUUCUAACAGACCCUGCAGGCAGAAGGUCCAGGAAACUGGCAGAGUAAGAAUUCUUACAUGCCGGAGUCUUGUCAGUUAUCCCAGGAUCUCUUACCUAUAGCAGCUUUGGAGUGAGUAAUGCCCAGCCAGGAAAUCUGCAUCCCACCCUCAUUGCCAGCUGUUGGGGAAGAAGACAUUUUCCUCUACCCAUCCAGGGUCUUCUCGCUGGACUAAGAAUGAAACUGACAUGAGACAAAUUGACAGGAGAAAGUAAAACAAACUUUGAUAACAUGCAUAUAUGGGAAAGACCCAGAAAAACUGAGAAACUUGCCAAAAUGGCUGAAACCUUCACCUUAAAUACUAUCUUCAGCUGAAGACAAAGGAAGAUGUUGGAGGGAGAAGCUCGGCAACUUGGAAUCCGUUUAUAUCAUCGACCCUGAAGAUGUGGCCCUUCUCUUUAAGUUCGAGGGACCCAACCCAGAACGAUACAACAUCCCGCCCUGGGUUGCCUAUCACCAGCAUUACCAGAAGCCUGUUGGGGUCCUGCUGAAGAAGUCAGGAGCCUGGAAGAAAGACCGGUUGGUCCUGAACACGGAGGUAAUGGCUCCAGAGGCCAUAAAGAACUUCAUCCCCCUACUGGACACAGUGUCUCAGGACUUCGUCGGCGUCCUGCACAGGCGCAUCAAGCAGCAGGGUUCUGGAAAGUUCUCAGGGGACAUCAGGGAAGACCUGUUUCGCUUCGCCUUUGAGUCCAUCACCAAUGUCAUAUUUGGAGAGCGCCUGGGGAUGCUGGAGGAGAUAGUGGACCCUGAGGCCCAGAAGUUCAUUGAUGCCGUCUACCAGAUGUUCCACACUAGUGUCCCCAUGCUCAAUCUCCCCCCUGACCUGUUCCGUCUGUUCAGGACCAAGACCUGGAGGGACCAUGUAGCUGCAUGGGACAUUAUUUUCAAUAAAGCUGAAAAAUACACCCAGAACUUCUACUGGGACCUGAGACGGAAAAGAGAAUUUAACAAUUACCCAGGCAUCCUCUACCGCCUCCUGGGAAAUGACAAGCUGCUCUCAGAAGAUGUUAAGGCCAAUGUUACCGAGAUGCUGGCAGGGGGUGUAGACACGACAUCCAUGACUCUGCAAUGGCACUUGUAUGAGAUGGCACGUAGCCUGAAUGUGCAGGAGAUGCUGCGGGAGGAGGUCCUCAAUGCCCGGCGCCAGGCCCAAGGAGACACAAGCAAGAUGCUGCAAUUGGUCCCACUCCUCAAAGCUAGCAUUAAGGAGACACUGAGACUCCAUCCCAUCUCCGUGACCCUGCAGAGAUACCUCGUGAAUGACUUGGUUCUUAGAGAUUACAUGAUUCCUGCCAAGACAUUGGUACAAGUGGCCAUCUACGCCAUGGGCCGAGACCCCGCCUUCUUCUCAAAUCCAGGCCAGUUUGACCCAACCCGGUGGUUGGGUAAAGAAAGGGACCUCAUCCACUUCCGGAACUUGGGCUUUGGCUGGGGUGUGCGGCAGUGUGUGGGCCGGCGGAUCGCUGAGCUCGAGAUGACUCUCUUCCUCAUCCAUAUUCUGGAGAACUUCAAGGUUGAAUUGCAGCACUUCAGUGAUGUGGACACCAUAUUCAACCUCAUCCUGAUGCCGGACAAGCCCAUCUUCCUUGUUUUCCGGCCCUUCAAUCAGGAUCCACCCCAGGCAUGAUCGAAGAGGGUGGGCAACCCCUUUCCUACCAACCAGGCUAGCAGGGGUGUGGGAGGAUGGCCUGAUGGGGUGGGACCCAUGGAAGUGUCUGUACCACCAGUGCUCGGUCCCUACCCCUGCUCCUUUCUGGCCAGCUCUGAUCAGAUAAAGUUGGUGCUCAGUAAUCAGCUGCUCCAGUUCAGCUGAGGCACCCCUUCUUUCACCCCACUUCUUCACCCACUCCCAUGAAGGCAAUAAAUAGCUGAACUAUG